CUUAGUAAUUCAUUCAAUAGUAUUUUCUAGUUAGAAUUAGAAGUGUUUAAAGUGUAUUCAUUGCAUGUAAAAUACAUCGGCAUGCGAUGACGUCACAUCCGGUUUCACCGCGUCUUGUGGGAAAACACCGGUUUGAAAUUAGCGCGAGGGUGGGGGCUUUCCACGAGGCACACCUGAGCAGAAGCAGUUUUGCAGGCAUGAGAAAUCACAGUGAGAGCAACGCUUUUUCACCAUAUGUUAAUGUGAAGAGUGAACAGUAAAUGGUUAAUCUUACUGCGAUCUGGUUCUUAUUAACUGUGGUUUAUCCGGACGUUAAAUUCGGCGUUUCGUUACACCCGAAGGAGAACGUGACAGUGAAAAAGCGGCAUUAUCAGGUGUUUCAAGUGCUGCAAUGUCAGCUCAAUCCAGCAUCAAGUCGACGCCGCCCAGCGACAAGGGCAGUAAACCGACAUCAAGUAAGCCCACCCGGGCGUUAUCAGGUGUUCCAAGUGCUGCAAUGUCAGCUCGAUCCGGGAUCAAGUCGAUGGCGCCCAGCGACAAGGGCAGUAGAACGACAUCAAGUAAGUCCGCACAGGCAAGAGCCAAGGCAGAAGCCGCCAAGGUGCGACUGCAUUACGCCAAACAAGAAGCAGUUUUGAAAAUUAAACUGGCUGCCAGAGAAGCCGAAAGGGCCGCCAGAAAGGCAGAAGCCGCCAAGGUGCUACUGCGUUACGCCAGACAAGAAGCAGUUUUGAAAAUGAAACUGGCCACCAGAGAAGCCGAAAUCCAGAAAGAAAGGGCCGCCAGAGAAGCCGAAAGGGUCGCCAGACAAAGAGAAGAGGCUGCCAGAGAAGCCGAAAUCCAGAAAGAAAGGGCCGCCAGAGAAGCCGAAACCCAGUUGGAAAUGGCAAAAAUAUCGACAGAGUUGCAAGUGCUGCAGCGAGAAAGAGAAGAAGAAGCUGCCAUGGCAGAAGCAAAGUACAUAGAAGAAGCUGAAGGGUCGCGUGAUCUGACCGAAGCAAGAUCUACUUUAGAAAGGACCAGACUGGAACGCACAAACGACUAUGUACAAUCUCAAAUAGACAGGCAGGCUCGUCUUCCCUCUCCAUACGUAUUCGAUAACUUCCCCAGCUACGAGGAACCUCAGAGAGUCACGAUUGCAUCACAUCCAUACGAGGAAGGAAAUUUACCCUCACGGCUCCGUGACGAAGUCAAGAAUGAAAGAACCGACAACGCUCCUUCACCCCCACAACAGGACGGCGGGGAGGGAGAGGUUCACUCCAGGACAACAAUUGUCAGCUCGAACUGUACAGAAGUUUGCGGUCAAACUCAGUCAAGCCGUUCUUGUUCCGAGAUCUGCCUCACUGAGGUGUACCCUAAAGAAGCACAACAAGACAUUACCAAGUAUAAAGUAACCGACGAGACGCUAGGUCAGUCAGUUUUCGUUCAAACGAAGUAUGACAACAAACUUGCACAAUCAGCUCAAGAUACCAUUUCUUUAAAACCCAAAGACACCAAGGUCUUCAGAGAUGAAGCAAAUAAUGGGGUUGCCCCAUUGCCAAUCAGAGAACCACGCCAGCGCUCACCAGAUAACAAAGAGCAGGCAGUCAAACGGUUCACGUCCUUACGGAAAAUCUGGAAAAGGAAACCUGAGAUACAGCAACGCACCCGAUUGGCCCACGAGGUACUGUGCACCCUAAUGGCAGAGGUCACAGCCAUUAUAAACGCACAAUCAUUCCUACCUGUGUCUUCUGACCCAGAAAACCCCUUUAUACUUUCGCCAUCAACGCUCCUUACGCAGAAGGCAGGAGCACCUCCUCCACCAGGAGACUUCUCAGACAAGAAUUUGUACACAAGGCAAUGGAGACAAGUCCAGGCUCUGGCAAAUCAGUUCUGGCCUCGCUGGAGACAAAAAUAUCUACCCUUGUUGCAACAGAGACAAAAGUGGACAGAACCCCGAAGGAAUCUUCAAGUUGCUCAGGGACAAGCAAGCCACCCGCAACAGCUGGCCAAUGGCCAGAAUCACUGUUACAUUCCCUAGCGGGGAUGGACAUGUCAGGAAGAUCGAAUUGAAGACUACCGACCAAGGCGAUGUGAAAAUUUACCAAGGGCCAGUUACAGAAGUUAUUCUACUUCUACCCAAUGACUGAUUAAGAGACUAAGUUUGUACUCUGCUCAUUGUGACCUUACGAAGGUCAAGCGGGGAGUGUGCUGUCUUUACGACAGUUAUUUAGUUUAUAAUAUUUUCGCUUAGUAAUUCAUUCAAUAGUAUUUUCUAGUUAGAAUUAGAAGUGUUUAAAGUGUAUUCAUUGCAUGUAAAAUACAUCGGCAUGCGAUGACGUCACAUCCGGUUUCACCGCGUCUUGUGGGAAAACACCGGUUUGAAAUUAGCGCGAGGGUGGGGGCUUUCCACGAGGCACACCUGAGCAGAAGCAGUUUUGCAGGCAUGAGAAAUCACAGUGAGAGCAACGCUGUAAGUUAAUAGAUAAUCGAUAUAUUGAACUAAGAUGUUAAUGCUGAUCCUGUUAGAGGUAACGACGGUAGAUAAUGUUUAUGCUUUCGUUAGUUAAAGAGUCGCGGAUAGUUUGCAUGGAAGUGUAUUUAAAGUAGUCAAUGGAGCAGGUAAACUCUCCCUGUAUACUGCACCUUAGUGUAAUGUAGUUAUAGUCACCUUUGCAAGUAUUUACACUUGAAAUGUGAUAUUAAGGAAGGAACAAAUACUGUAUCAAUCUUGUAUUGUUUUAUCAACAGUUUUCACCAUAUGUUAAUGUGAAGAGUGAACAGUAAAUGGUUAAUCUUACUGCGAUCUGGUUCUUAUUAACUGUGGUUUAUCCGGACGUUAAAUUCGGCGUUUCGUUACACCCGAAGGAGAACGU